UGCUAUACAGAGAAGGGACGCAUACCAACAGCAUCACGAGUCAACGAGACGUGUCUGUCUUGAACAUGUCGCGGAGAAGCAGAGCGUUGUUAGCCGGGAACUGCCAUGUCGCCUUCAACUCUCAGGAAUGUGCGCGAGAGUUUUCGAUCUCUGCGGACAGAAGCAUUGCCAGGAAGCUACACGAGACUUCGAGUCCAAUCAUCGCCAGCACCACUCGCUUGCCUUCCGACUGGCUUCAUAUCAAGAUCACCUUUGAAAUUCGAGCCUCGCCGCAACGACCCAGUAUAGGCAGGGAAAUCAGACUAGGCUUGAUGCGAGAGAGGCGCUUGGACCCUGACUUUCUCCACUCUUACAGUCUUGGCAGCGACGAAAACUCGUGGGCAGUCAGCUUGAGGUCCAGGGACGUCUUUCACUUGCACAACAACAACCAUACGAGGUUGGCUGGUGUACAUUUCAGUGAUGCUGAUCACAUUUCUAUCGUCCUGAAUCGACAGCAUCAAACUGCCUCCUUCUCUCUCAACGACGCUCAGCAGCUUGUAUGCUUUCAAGGUGUUGACGAGAGAGUUGUACCUUUAGUGUCGAUAUCUGCUCCUGCCGUCUGUGAUGUCGCCAUAUUGCCAUGUGAAGUUUGGUAAAGACAACCCGGCC